CCAAUACAUCAUCCUAGACGUUGAAGUGGAAAUUGUCAAAAUUGUUGGAUUCUCGUUGUUGGAGAGUGUGUCCUGUUGUGGAUUUAAGUUGCAUUUCAUCAAUUGGCUCAAGACAGGGACGUUAUAUAACUUAUCGGUUCGGAGCCUUGAAGCAGCUCGGCAGCUUCUGGUGUUGCUUCUGAGAGGUAGUCCCAGUGACGGGUGUUUUCAUUAUCCCUUGUUUGCCGCUUUGGCUUUUGCGGGUCGCCAGACGUUUUAGCCUCGUAAGGAUGGACACUCUUCUCACGGCGGAGAUCGCUGCGAACUCUCCUAGGUAUCGACGUAGGUCGUCAACUUUCAUCGAUGGCGUCCACGAUGUGAAGGAUGAGCAGGCCCAGGCCAUGGCUCCAGCGCAACUGUACAGCACCAUGUCUGGAAGACUAUUUCACUCUGGUCGAAUCGUCAUUGUACUUGUUGGCCUUCCAGCGCGUGGCAAGACUCACAUCUCCGUCUCCCUCUCCAGAUAUCUGCAAUGGCUUGGUGUCAAGACACGUGUUUUCCACCUGGGAGACUAUCGUCGUGCAACCAUGGGUCCUGGCGUUGAUGUCCCGGAAGAUUAUUUUUUCAUUAAUGCCUCGGCUAAAUCAGUGAUGAUCCGUCAGAAGAUCCUGAAGAAAUGUCGUGAGGAUAUCUACGGUUGGCUUAAUCAUGAGAAUGGCCAAGUCGCCAUUUAUGAUGCUGUCAAUCCUCUAUCUGCAGGUCGAGAAUCCCUAGCAAAGGAGUUUGCAAAGCACGAUGUACAGACCCUCUUCCUAGAAUCGUGGGUUGAUGACCAAAAGAUUCUUGAAGAGAACGCACGCAGCGUCAAGAUUUCUUCCCCUGACUUUAAGGAUAUGAAUCCCGAUGACGCAGCCAAGCUUUAUCUGAAGCGAAUCGAUAUGAAGAUUCCUCACUUCGAGACGAUGAAGGAACCGAAUCUUAAUUGGAUUAAGAUGAUCAAUGCAGGCGACCAACUUGAGUACAACAAUCGCAGCUUCGGAUACUUGGCCAACCGCAUUGUCUUCUACUUGAUGAAUCUCCAUAUCAAGUCCCGUCAAACGUUCUUUGCCCGAGCUGGAACUUCAGACAAGACCGAUUACUAUCAAGCAGACGCACCUCUUGGAGAGGAAGGAAAGAUAUAUGCAGAAAAGAUGGCAACUACACUUAUUGAACACCGAGAAGCUGAGCGUGCUGCUCUCAUUGCGCAAGGCGGCUCCACUGCACCUUUAAAGCCUCUCACUGUUUGGACUUCCACCAGAAAGCGAACUGUCGAGACUGCAGAUGCGUUCCUCGAGAGAGGUUAUGCCGUUCGUCAGAGAUCUCAAAUGAGUCAGCUGCACCCCGGUGUCUGUGAGAAGCUGUCGGAGAAUGCUAUUCGAAAGCUUUACCCAGAGGAGGUUGAGAAGCACCAAUCGGAUCCUUACCAUCAUCGAUACCCCCGAGCCGAGUCUUACCAUGAUCUUGCAGUUCGCCUGGAGCCAAUAAUCCUUGAGCUAGAGAGAGAGCAGAACGAUCUUCUCAUUAUCGCUCAUGAGUCAGUCCUGCGCGUUCUGUACGGCUAUCUGAUGGCUUGCGACGCGAUGAAUAUUCCAACUCUAAAGUUCCCCCGUAACAAGAUCAUCGAGAUCAUUCCUGCCUCUUACCAGAAUGAAGCCAAGCUAAUCGAAAUCCGCGACCUCAACCCCGACAUGAUCCCUGGAUCUCCUGAAGAUAUUCGGCUUCCAGUCCCACCUAGCGGAAUGGUCAGUCCGUUGUCCGGAAUGGGAACUCCUGCUAUGGGUAUCAAUACUCCUUCGGAACAGACCAUGACCCCUCCAAUGCUUCUCAAGCCAAUCAGAAUCGUCAAGGAGGAGCACCCACUGUCUAAGGACUAAUAUCCACGUGGACUACGGUUUCAAAUGGGCUUUCUGAUUUGAUAUUUCGAACGUUUCCUCGAAUUCUCUUGCCUUGUGGUCAAUCGUUCUUUGAUUUGGUUCUUGCUGACACAUGAUUGGACGAAUCGGUGCAUAGGUAUGGACGGUUGGAUGGGAUGGUGCAUACAGACGAGAAUCGCGGAGUCGAAAAGAUGGGGCUGGGUUGCAUUUGAAUAUGGAGCAUGGUCAGGAGCCGAUGAACAUUACACGGCACCUUCGCGAGGCUUUUUCGUUGAUUUGUAGAGUAGACUCUGGCGUAGCAACACAUACACUCCAAAUUGGCCUCACCGAGAUGAGGGUGUGUCGACGAUGUGACAAAGAGGCUCUUGUGUCACGGAAACCGUCGCCUUGAUGCGUUGGCUAUCGAGUGACAGCACUGCCUUUGUGCCUCGAUCGGCAUUUGACUGUCAAUGUUCGCUCUUCUGAAAG